GCCUUAGUAGAACUGGAAAAUUGGUUUCCCUGCUGGCUGCGUUUCGCUCUCCGAAGCCAUUUUGGACUCAGUUCAGUUCCGAGCAUGUCAGAAUCGGACCCUGUCCAGCCAUUCUCACUCUGAACGGGAGAAGCUUCGCACACGGACAGGCUUUGGGUGGAAAUCACUCAUUAUUCCCUGCCGGAAGGCGUUUCUGUUGGAAUAGCCGCUUUUCCUGAUGGAUUUCUGCAUAUGUUAAAGUUUGAUUGGGUGGACAUCAGGCCGACGGUCACUCGGGCUCCUGUGUGUGUGUGUGAGAGUGUGUGAGUGUGUGCAUGUGUGAGUGUGUUUCCCCCCGAUCGUUUUAAAUGUGUGCAAAGCAGAAGACACUGAAAAGGAGAAAAUCUGGGGUGUUUUUGUGCCAUUAGAGGAAUAUGUUCGCUUCCUGGCUGACUUUUGCACUUCUUCUGGGAACUUUUUGUGCAGGACCCAGCCAUGGAGAGGUGGAGACGCGCGAAUGCUUGUACUUCAACAUCAACUGGGAGAUCGAGAAGACGAACCGCAGCGGCGUGGAGAGGUGUGAGGGAGAGAAGGACAAGCGCUCGCACUGCUACGCCUCCUGGAGGAACAACUCCGGCAGCAUCGAGCUGGUCAAGAAGGGCUGCUGGUUAGACGACUUCAACUGCUACGACAGACAGGAGUGUGUGGCCACAGAGGAAAACCCUCAGGUGUUCUUCUGCUGCUGUGAAGGAAACUUCUGCAACGAGAGGUUCACACACCUGCCCGACGUCAGCGGACCAGUCAUCGAGCCUCCUCCGCCGACGCCGUCGCUGCUGAACGUGUUGGUUUACUCUCUGCUGCCCAUCACUAUGCUCUCCAUGGCCCUGCUGCUGGCCUUCUGGAUGUACCGGCACCGCAAGCCGCCCUAUGGACACGUGGACAUCAAUGAGGACCCCGGUCCGUCUCCUCCGUCACCGCUGGUGGGACUGAAGCCUCUGCAGCUGCUGGAGGUUAAAGCCCGAGGACGCUUCGGCUGUGUGUGGAAGGCCCAGAUGAUGAACGAAUAUGUAGCCGUGAAGAUUUUCCCCAUUCAGGACAAGCAGUCGUGGCAGAACGAGCGGGACAUUUUCUCUACGCCGGGCAUGAAGCACGAUAACCUCCUGCGCUACAUCGCUGCGGAGAAACGCGGAAGCAACCUGGAGACGGAGUUCUGGCUGAUCACAGAGUUUCACGAGAGGGGUUCGCUGACGGACUAUCUGAAGGGGAACGCGGUGAGCUGGAGCGAUCUGUGUCACAUCGCGGAGACGAUGGCCUGCGGUCUGGCGUACCUUCACGAGGACGUGCCGCGCUUUAAAGGAGAAGGUCCUAAACCUGCCAUUGCGCACAGAGACUUCAAGAGUAAAAACGUGAUGCUGAAGACCGAUCUCACAGCUGUCGUCGGUGACUUCGGGUUAGCGGUUCGGUUUGAGCCGGGGAAACCACCGGGAGACACACACGGUCAGGUUGGCACACGGAGGUACAUGGCGCCGGAGGUGCUGGAGGGCGCGAUUAACUUCCAGCGGGACGCGUUUCUGAGGAUAGACAUGUACGCUAUGGGGCUGGUGCUGUGGGAGCUGGUGGCGCGCUGCAAAGCUGCUGAUGGUCCUGUAGACGAGUACAUGCUGCCGUUUGAAGAGGAGAUCGGUCAGCAUCCGUCUCUGGAGGAUCUUCAGGAUGUGGUGGUGCAUAAGAAGAUGCGGCCGGUGUUCAAGGACUGCUGGCUGAAGCAUUCGGGUCUGGCGCAGAUGUGCGAGACGAUCGAGGAGUGCUGGGAUCACGACGCCGAGGCGCGGCUGUCGGCCGGCUGCGUGGAGGAGCGGAUCUCUCAGAUCCGCCGCCUGACCAGCGCCUCUACCUCAGACUGCCUGCUGUCCGUGCUCACCUCGGUCACCAACGUGGACCUGCCGGCCAAAGAGUCCAGCAUCUGAACCCGACGCAAGCAAACGAAACAACCCUCGUCUUUCCAAACUCAGUGAAUCUCAAACGACAUUAAAGCAGCUGCUAUUUUAUCCUAACAUUUUUUUUAACUUUAUUAUUAUUAUUAUUAUUAUUUUUAUUAUUUCUCUGAUCGGAUCAGUAACUACCAGCACACUUCUCUACUGUAUUUUUAUCAUUAGAGCAAACGCGAAAGAUUUUUAAAAAUACGACCCGAGAGGACAUCUCAACGCGCAUUCAGGUGCCGACAAAUGAAUGCUGACCGGUGCAGGUACCUCAACAUUUCACCGCUUGGUUUUUCCCGCUCCGUUUCCGUUCUGUUCCGUCCGCCGGACAGGAUCGCCCUGUGACGCGCAACCAACAAGUGACGGUUUCAUCUUCAACAGUGCUGCAAAACCCGCGAGGAUCAUUACGACUGUUACACGCGCGACUCGACCUCCUCGCGGGAUCUCGCUUUUUUAUUUCUCUCCGAAAGUGUGCUAUUUCGAAAUUACGGAAAACGUGUCUUUUACGGAACUAACGGGUGUCGAAGAACACGGAAAAAAGCAACUGGACUAAUUUCUUUCUUUCUUUCUUUUCCUUUUGUUUGGAUUUUUUUUUGUGCUGUUGAAGUUGGUGACUGUGAGAAGGUUGGUUGGGGAUUUUAUUGAGUGGAUAUGGCUGAAAUCUCUCGCCGCGGGACAACGGCGGCUUGCAUGUGGAAAUAUCGGAGCGUUUAGAUUGGUACGGAAAUCUUUCUCAGGUAUCCAGUGUCAAGGGGUCCAUGACUGCCUUUCCCACAUCAUUAUAGGACAGAGAGGAAUAUAACGGUGCCCUGAUGAAUUUAACACUAAUUACCUACACGAAACAUGCAAGACCGUGUGUGUGUGUGUGUGUGUGUGUGUGUGUGUGUGUGUGUGUGUGUGUGUGUGUGGUGCUGAGAGUUUGUU